AUGAAGUCCGAGGUGUUUGCUGCGUCCGACUUCAUCGUGAACUUGCUUCGGGUUAGCAAUCCGAGCAGCUUGAACGAAGAAGAUCUGUUGGUUUUCCGGGACACGCUGGCUGUGGUGAUGCGGAAUCAUUACCACAACCAUUGGUUCCCGGAGAAACCGUUCAAGGGCUCGGGGUACAGGUGCAUCCGAAUCAACGGCCAGAUGGAUCCGCUGGUGGCGGCAGCUGGGGCGAGCUGCGGCCUGGACGCGGUCUUCCUGCGAUCGCUGUUUCCCAGCGAACUGACCCUCUGGGUAGAUCCUCACGAGGUUUCGUACCGGAUCGGCGAGAACGGGUCCGUCUGUGUGCUUCUGGACGAGCGGGCUCGCCCGGAUACCGCGAAGAAGGACCGCAUGCGCGCCGCGUACGGCAACCUGACCGGCUGGAUAGCCGAGCCGGUCUCGGCGUGCGCAUUCAGCUAG